AUGGAGGCGCCGCCCGCCGCCCGCGCUCCCACCGAGGGCGCCCCGACGGCGGCCGUGGCCGAGGUGCGCUGCCCGGGCCCCGUGCCGUUGCGCCUGCUCGAGUGGAAGGUGGCGACGGGAGCGACGGUGCGCAUCGGCUCGGUGCUGGCCGUGUGCGAGCCCGCCACCUCCGCACAGCCCUCCGGACCUGCCCCAUCCCGUGCCGCCUCCGGGGGCUGCGUGCGCGCGGCGCGGGCGGAACGCAGGCUCCGAUCGGAGCGCGCCGGAGUGGUGCGAGAACUGUGUGCCCAGCCGGGCCAGGUGGUGGCCCCCGGAGCACUUCUGGUGAGAGUGGAAGGAUGCAGCCAUCCUGUUGUCAUGAAGGGCCUGUGUGCUGAGUGUGGCCAAGACCUGACCCAGUUGCAGAGUAAAAAUGGGAAACAGCAGGUGCCACUGUCCACAGCGACUGUGUCCAUGGUCCACAGUGUACCUGAGUUAAUGGUGAGCUCUGAGCAAGCUGAAAAAAUAGCAAAAGAAGAUCAGCAGCGGCUACAUCGAAACAGAAAACUUGUCCUCAUGGUUGACUUGGACCAGACACUGAUCCAUACCACUGAGCAGCACUGUCCCCAGAUGUCAAAUAAAGGCAUCUUUCACUUCCAACUGGGCCGUGGCGAGCCAAUGCUGCAUACCCGCCUGCGGCCUCACUGCAAGGACUUCUUGGAGAAGAUCGCCAAGCUGUAUGAGCUGCACGUCUUCACUUUUGGCAGCCGGCUCUACGCGCACACCAUUGCAGGUUUCUUGGACCCUGAGAAGAAGCUUUUUUCUCAUCGAAUAUUGUCUAGAGACGAAUGUAUUGACCCAUUUUCUAAGACAGGAAACCUUAAAAAUCUCUUUCCUUGUGGAGACUCAAUGGUGUGCAUUAUUGAUGAUCGAGAAGAUGUCUGGAAGUUCGCCCCCAACCUGAUAACUGUGAAGAAGUAUGCGUACUUCCCAGGCACAGGGGACGUGAACGCGCCCCCUGGGUCUCGGGAGUCUCAGGCAAGAAAGAAAGUAAACUAUUCUUCCAAAGGAGCCGAUGUCUUGGACCAGGCUCUGUCUGUGAAGGACUCCGAGGAAGGCAGAGUUAUUCCUGGUGGGGAGCAGAGCAAUGGCCUGGGAAAGUCCUCCCAUGAACUCAAUGGUGGUGAGGCUGUGCCAGGGGCUUCUCCUGGUAAGACAGAUGAAAAGGAGACCUGGCCCCCCAACCAGGCCCCCUCCACCACCAAUCCCAGUGGCCACGAACUGGCAGAUGCUCCAGAGCCUCCGGUGUCUUGUGAACGGACUGGUCGCACCUCACCUGGGGUGCAGCUCUCUCAGGGAACCGCCGCCCAGGAUUUGGAUUUUGACUUGUCCAGUGACAGUGAGAGCAGCGAGUCAGAAGGUCAGAAGUCCUCCUCCUCCACUUCUGAUGGGGAAAGUGAGAAGAGAGGCCGGACCAAGUCUUCAGCUGCCCAGGACCGAGCAAGAGACUGGCAGCAGAGUGGACCCCCUGAUGCAGGUGGAGGGAGACCUGCAGAAGCAGGCUCCCCGAGAGACUCUGGGCCUAGUGUCCACCUGCAUGACAAAGUGCCAGACCUGGACAUGCAGGAAGAGGGAGAACGGGAUGGCCUAUGUGGCCUGGGCAAUGGCUGUGCAGACCGGAAGGAGGCUGAGACAGAGUCGCAGAACAGUGAGCAAUCAGGCGUCACCGCAGGGGAGUCCCUGGAUCAGAGUGUGGGGGAGGAGGAGGACGAUGACACCGAUGACGAUGACCACCUGAUUCACCUUGAGGAGAUCCUCGUGCGUGUGCAUACCGACUACUACACGAAGUACGACAGGUACCUCAACAAGGAGCUAGAGGAUGCUCCAGACAUACGGAAAAUUGUGCCGGAGCUCAAGAGCAAGGUGUUGGCAGAUGUGGCUGUGAUAUUCAGUGGCCUGCACCCAACAAACUUCCCUGUGGAGAAGACCAGGGAGCACUACCAUGCCACGGCCCUGGGGGCCAAGGUCCUCACCCAGCUGGUGUUGAGCCCUGAUGCCCCAGACAGAGCCACUCACCUCAUCGCGGCGCGGGCGGGCACAGAGAAGGUACGCCAGGCACAAGAGUGCAGGCACCUGCACGUGGUCAGCCCCGACUGGCUUUGGAGCUGCUUGGAGCGCUGGGACAAGGUGGAGGAACAACUCUUCCCACUCACAGAAGAUGACACCCGCGCACACAGGGAGAACAGCCCGGCCGUCUUUUCAGAUAGGCAGAGUGUGCCACCACCAGCCUUGUUCCACCCAAUGCCCAUCCACCCCAAGGCUCAGCCUGGCCCCGAGGUUCGGAUCUAUGACUCCCACACAGGCAAGCUCAUCCGGAUGGGCACCCAGGGUCCAGCACCAGCUCCCUCCAGUGCCCCGCCCGUCCAUGGAGAGCCCUCCUCCUUCAGAACUGUUCAGCCACAUCAGCAGCAGAUGUUUGGUGAAGAGCUGCCCGGAUCUCAAGAUGGAGAGCAGCCUGGCCCUGCCAGAAGAAAGCGACAGCCGAGUAUGUCAGAAACAAUGCCACUGUACACUCUCUGUAAGGAAGACUUAGAGAGUAUGGACAAAGAGGUUGAUGACAUCCUUGGAGAAGGCAGCGAUGACAGUGACAAUGAGAAGAAGAAGCCAGAAGACCAGGAUGACGAACAGGAGAGAGCACUGAAGCCCAGGAAGGCCAAGGCCCCAGGGACCCGAAGGGAACAGCCUCUGGGGUCAUCUUCAUCCUGCGAGAGGAAUGCCACUGGCACGCGUGGGCCCAGAGGCCACAAGAGAAAGCUGAAUGAGGAGGACGCUGCGAGCGAGUCCAGCAGGGAGUCCAGCAACGAGGACGAGGAGGGCAGCAGCUCCGAGGCAGACGAGAUGGCAGCGGCACUUGAAGCGGAGCUGAAUGACCUGAUGUGACGGGAGCCUGCAGAGGGCAGCUGCCCACUCGCCAUGCCAGCCCCACGGCUCAGAUCCUUUUCCUCCAGAAAACGUUUAUUUUCCAGAGCUCCACAUGCAGAAAUGCAUUAUUUUGCAGAAAUAGGUGUUUAUAAGAAGUUUUACUAUAGGAAAGUCUACUUUUUUAAGUGACAAAGUGUUACGAGGAGUCGGUGUGCUAUGCCAAAGAGCUCGGCAGGGCCUCACAGUAAAACUGGAUGUGCGGUGUCUGAUCACAUAGUGAGGGAGUGUGGGGGUUCCCUUUGAAUGUUUCAUCAAAUUUAGAGUCAAGACUCUGGGGGACCCAACAGACCUAGAGAACAAUGUACCAUUAAUGUAACAGAAACCUGGUAUCUUGGGCUUUUUCACAGCUGAAGCUUUUCUGAGUUUUUGAAGGAUUUUUAAAUAAAACAGCGGUGUACAUGUGUACAGGACACCAAGACACAGAGGCUGGCCUGGAAGCCCCAGCCUUCCUGUGCUUCCUCAGAGGGUCUGCAGAAGAUCUGGGGCUCGUGACGCAGGUCCUACUGGGGCGGCACGACAAGAGGCCCUCCCUUUCCUUGGGCGGCCUGUGCUGCUUUGCGAGAGCCGAUGUAAAGUUUUUGUAUAUUUCAUAUGCGACCCACCAGAUUCUUCUUCCAUUUAAUAAAAUCCUUUUUGUAAGUUC